UAAACAAUGACCAUCAUUAUUUAGACAAAAAUCCCUAAAUAACGAGCUUCAUUGUAAAAUCAAAUGUAGAAGUUUUUAUAACUGUUAUCUCAACGGGAGAUUUUAUCAACAAGUUAUUCAUAAAUUCAGUGUUUAUACUGUUAAGAGAAAUUUUAAACCUUAGUUGUUAAAGAUUUGAGACAGAAAUACUUCAACAAAUAUUAUGAAUAUUUGCACAGUGUGAAAUGAAUACUGAAUUUGUUCACAUACUAAAUCAAGCAAGUGUAAAAGAUAAGGAUGGCAAAGUUGAAGAUUAUGUGCUCUAUUUAAAUGGCAACAAAAGGAAUGAAUCAAAUGAAAUGUACAGAAAAAAGAUAACAGAUAAUGAUCUUAUUCCAAUAAUUACAGCUCUUAAAUGCAAUACCUUUGUUGUUGGUAUUGAUCUUAGUUACAAUAAUAUAAAUGACAACGGUGUGUGUUUAAUUGCAACAUAUUUGCAGGAUACAAUUACACUUCAAACUCUGGUGCUUAGUUACAAUGAUAUUCAUUUUGAAGGCGUAAAAAGUAUUGCCAAUGCACUUCGAUUUAACAGAAGCCUUUUGGUAUUGGUGUUGGAUGGAAAUAAGUUUGGUCCAGAGGGCGGUACAGAACUUGCAAAUGUUCUACAAGUCAACUCAACAUUAGAAAAAUUAAGCCUUAACAACACAGACCAGAAUAUGACUUCACUCGUAAAUAUGACAGCUGCAUUGCAUGUUAAUAAAGCUUUGAAAAUUUUAGAUGUGACUCGACCAUUACUUUUUUCUCAGCAGGAAGAGCUUGCAAUACACUUUGGAAAUUUGUUAAAAAAUAAUUCCCUCUUCUUUGAAGUGCAUCUUGGAAAACAUGGCAUUAAAGAUUAUGGAGCUGAGCGUUUUAUAGAUCUCAUUAUGGAAAAUAAAACAUUAUUGCAUCUUGAUUUAAGCUGUAACCGGGUUUGCCGAGAUGGUGUCAAAUUUAUUGCAAAUUAUUUAGCCACAAACCCACCACUUCAAGUGUUAAAUCUUGCAUAUAAUAAAGCUGAAGAUGAUGGAGCAAUUGCAUUAAGUGAGGCGAUUAGUGUUCGUAAUACUUCACUUGUUACGUUAGUGCUAUGUCAUAACUCUAUCUCGGGUGAAGGUCUUUGUUCUUUAGCUAAGUCAUUGCGCUCAAAUUAUACACUAAAGCAGCUCUAUAUUUGGGGAAAUCAAACUAAUCAAGCUUCUUGUCAAGCAUUUUUAGAACUUACGUGUAAGUCACCAACCCGACUAAAUGAAAAAGAUACUGACGUUGUGGGAUACGUUGUUGACGGCGUACCAUACUUGGCUAAGCUUUCAAGUCCUUUUUAAAAUUAAUUUUUUUUAAACUUUCAAAGUGUUGAAAACUUACUUUUUUUAAAAUUUAAAUGUUAUAUUUUUUCAAAUGUAUAUAUGUAAAUAGCAGAAAUAAGA